GUUAAUGAAAUCAGUUCGCUUCGCUAACAAGUCCCUACCCUGCUCUGCUGCUCAUUACACACAACGCAAAAGAACAAAAAAUGAUUUGGAGGAAUUUAUUGAAUUCGUUUAACUCGGUUAAAUGUUCCAUUCACAAUCCGGCAAACGUCCUAUUGGCCAAUAAUGCUAGGUAUCUAUCAUCGGCUUUCGUCGCUGGAGAACCGGCGGGUCCCGAAGUCAAAACGGCCAUUCCAGGCCCAAGAUCCCUGGCCAUGUUGGCUGAAAUGAAAACAAUUCAAAUUUCAGAUGCUGUGCAGUUGUUUGCUGAUUACUCAAAGAGCAUAGGCAAUUAUUUGUACGACGUCGACGGCAACAUUUUGCUGGACGUCUACACUCAAAUUUCUUCCGUGCCUUUGGGCUACAAUCACCCGGAAUUAUUGGACGUCUUGCAAGAUAAGGAAAACAUUCGAACAUUCAUCAAUCGACCCGCCCUUGGCGUAUUUCCCGGAGAAAAUUAUCCGCAGAGAGUCUACAAUUCCUUGUUGCGUGUCGCCCCUAAAGGACACACAGAAGUAACGACGAUGGCGUGCGGAUCCUGCUCGAACGAGAACGCGUACAAGGCGAUAUUCGUUUGGUUCCGCCGGAAGCAGAGAGGAGACGCGCCCUACACGCCGGAAGAGGAAACGAGUUGCGUCAUGAAUCAGACGCCCGGUGUCUCAGACUUGACUUUGCUGUCAUUCAAGGGUGCUUUUCACGGUCGAACGUUCGGCACGUUAAUCACGACGCAUACCAAGCCAGUCCACAAAUUGGACAUCCCGACGAUGGACUGGCCGAUUGGUACCUUCCCCCGCUACAAGUACCCGCUGGAAGAUUUCGUCCGGGAGAACGAGGAAGAGGAUCGCCGCUGCCUGGCCGAAGUGGAGGAACUCUUCGAGCGGUACAACAAACGCGGGAAAAAUGUGGCCGGCGUGGUCAUCGAGCCCAUCCAAUCCGAAGGAGGAGAUCAUCACGCAUCACCCGCCUUUUUCCAACAGCUGCAACGAAUUGCCAAAAAGAACGGCGCUGCGUUGCUCAUUGACGAAGUGCAAACGGGCGGAGGGACGACGGGCGAAUUUUGGUGUCACGAUCAUUUCAAUUUGGAACACCCGGUCGACAUCGUCACGUAUUCCAAGAAAAUGUUGGUCGGCGGAUACUUUUCCCUCCCCGAAUUCAGGCCGCGGGAAGGCUACAGAAUAUUCAACACUUGGAUGGGAGAGCCAUCGAAGGUCGUCUUGUUGGAAAAAGUCAUUGACGUCAUCAAACGGGACAAACUGAUUGAAAACGUCAAAGUGACCGGAGACAUUUUGUUGAACGGACUCAAGGGAUUCGGUAAGCGAUAUCCCAACCUGGUGAAAAACGUCAGGGGACGCGGAACAUUUUGCGCGUUCGACUGCGAUUCCAUGGCGAAACGUGACCAGCUGGUCGAACAAUUGAAAGUCGAAGGUGUUCAAACGGGAGGAGCUGGCCCAGUGGCUGUUCGUUUGCGUCCCUCACUGGUAUUCCAACCGCACCACGCAGCCAUUUUCCUCGACAGACUGGAAAAGGCCCUUCACAAGAUGGACAACAAAGUCUAAAAGUUCCACGACAAUUUCAGUGUUCUAGGCUAUAUACUUGAACGCGCAAUUUAAUUCCGGAAUCAAUUUUCUAGAAUAAUAGCCCCCCUCCCCCUUUCAACAGGUAGUACUAUCUCCGGAAUGUUGUGCAAUCAGAGAGUUAUAGCUCCUAUAUUCUGAAUGUUCUAUUAUUAUACCUUAUCUUAAGGUCCGCUUCAUCUUUCCUUGUUUCUCUGCCACCCCAUAUAGUUUUAUCAAAAUUAUUGUUCAUGAUUUGAGUUUCAGCAAAAGACGACAGAGGCUUUAA